CGGAGAUCUCCGACUCACUUGGUCGCCAUGGCGCUGUUAUUGCUGUUCCUGGGAGUGUUGCAGCUAGCGGUUGCUCAAGAUGAAGUGGCAACAGUUCCAGAGACACAGGUGCAAGGCAACUUGCAACUUCAUCCAGAGACUGAAGCUGCCGACAACGAACUGGAGCGCGUGUCCAAUGUCUUAUCGAAGGAGGGAGAGCAUGCACUGGAAGGUCCCAUCACACCUUCCACAGACAGCUGCUUCCGACACGGUUGGGGCUACGACGAUGCCUGGCACAAGGAUGUGAAUGGUGGCUACGUCUCCAACGCGCAGACCUGCCAGGCCACCUGCGAUCAAAUGUGGUUCUGCGAUGUUUUCACCUACUAUUCGGACACAAAGGCUUGCUACCUACAAGGCAACCAAGCCAUUGAGAGCAUGAAACCUACCGCCGUCAGUGGACCCAAAUCGUGUUCGGCCUCUUCCCUGGCCCAAGCCUUAAAACUCACCAACCAGGCGGCGGUGAAUGCUGCUCGAGACGCCAAAGGUGCCGGCAAAACGGUCGACGAGGUGAAGCUCGCAGGGGCACUGGCCGCGCAACAGAAUGGAGUGCUGAUGGGAUUAUCCAACACUCAGAAGGCGCAAGUCCGUGCUGGUGUGGUGGGAGGAGUGGCAGCCUUGGCUUCUGCUGGAGAUGACAACAGUGUGACGCCUCAACUGGCCGCUGCGGCCCAGGCGGCGGCCAACUUUGCGGCGGUGAAUCACACGGUGGACAUCCAAGCGCAACAGGCCAUGUAUGCGGUGGGUUCCAUUGCUGGAGUUUUUUCCAAGUCCAGGGAUGAAGUCGUCCAAGACCGUUGCGACUAUGCUGUACGGAUGGCCUUGGAUGCCGCUGACACGGUGCCAGGGAAUGGAUUGACAGAAGAGCAGAAACUGGUCAUCGCCUCGGAGGAGGGCGCCUUGGUGGUGGCCUUGGCGGGCGGCACCAAGAAGGAGGUGUAUACGGCUGUUGGCACGGCUGUGCACAAAGUGGCAGAGCUGUACAAGAAACCUGAAGAGGUCCAGGCUCAGUGGGCAGCUACGGGGGAAGCGGCUGCCUUGGAAUGGUGGGAGGAAAGCUUCACCAAAGACACCGUGGAUUCGCGUUUGGAUUUCAAGGAUAUCCUGGAAAUCGCCCGGAAGGCGGGACAAGACGCUGAAGCCGAUGGCGUGAGUAUGGAAGAGGCGGUGUUGGCAGCGGCACAAGCGGCCAAGAGUGCAGCCAUGGAUCGGGGCUAUCCCGAGCGUGAGCAGGCCCGAGAGGCCUCCAUUGCCGGUGCCACCUUCGCCACGGACCUCACGGGCGCUCUGCCGCCCCGCGCGGAGGCGGCCAAGGCGGCGGCGGAGAAGGUGGCAUUAGAUUGCGCCCUGCCUCAAGCAACCGCCGAUUAUGAGGGGCAGAGAGCCUAUGACUUGGUCAUGAGCCCUGGUAAGGCCGAGGCAGCAGUGGCUACAGAACAGGCUCAAUCUGCCAACGGCUUCAGCGCCAGCAACCCCGAAGGCUUUGCUGCCGGUGUUGCUGGUGUUGCUGGUGCCGGUGCUGGUGCCGGUGCUGGUGCUGGCCUGGCUGAAGGUACUGACAACCUGGGUAGCAGCGCCACGAUCGACGGAGAAAGCCAGUCCUCGCGGAACUUUUUGGUUGAUGCGGCCAUCAUCAUUGGAAUCCUUCUCGCAGCUCUGGCCUGCUGCAUCAUCCUCUACUUGACCUGCAGCCACAAGAGGUCCACACGCAAGAGCAAACACACACGCCAUGUCUCGGUCGAUCAGAACCAUGAGGCCCCUGAUGAGGAGCAACAGCCACUCAUUGCAAAGAGUCAGGAUCCAGAGCCAACGACUGGAACAUUUGGAUCUGCGGCAGUUCCAGUGAACACAGCCCCCGGCGGUUUCCCAACUCUCGGGUUUCAGCCCCUGGCAGUUCCCAUCACCACAGCUGCUCCCAUCACCACCGCUGCACCCAUCACCACCGCGGCACCGAUUACGACCGCGGUACCGAUUACCACACGCUCUGUGGUGCCGGCUGUGCCACUGGCAACGCCGGGGUCAUUAUCUCAUUGUAGUGGAUCCCUUCAAGCCGCGCCGGCAUCGGCUUUGGGGACGUAUCGGCUUCAAACCACACCGGCGUCGGCGUUCCAAGUGAACAGCUACAUUGUGAACGACACCUCCACACCUGCUCAGCCGAUCUUAACUUCUCCAGGAUUGACAUCUCCAGGACUAACCUCUCCAGGAUUAACAUCUCCGGGAGUUCAAGUUGCCACCACCAGCUUUGCAAAGGCACCAAUGUUGAUUGGAGAACAGCCGAUUCCUACGGGGCAGAUUCCAGUGACAGCCUCGCUGAACGUGGGGCAUGAGGUGAAGCAAAUUUCAUACAUGGAAUGGCACGAUGCUUGGCGUCCCGGAAUGCCUCGCGACGUGGUUUUCACCAUCCCGGAGGGUGCUGUGGAGGGCGCUCCUCUGAUUGUGGAGGUGGAAACUGGUAUUGUGGUGCCCACCACAGUGCCGCAAGGCGCCUACCCUGGCGCAUUGGCUUGCUUGCAGCGCUAGGAGCUGCCAACACAUCGAAACUCGACAUCGAAACCUGCAGUGAUGGGCAGCACCAGCCUCCAAGGGAAUCAACCACUACCCUCUGGUAAACAUAGG